AUGGAGCAUGAAGGUGCGACAGACGGUGUUAUCUGCUCUCGGAAUAAAGGCGACCAACCAGCGCCAAGCUUAUCCAGUUCGGGAGACGAUGCUUCCCCAAGGCAGACGAAAUACGAAUCAGAACCGCAGUAUUUAUCGAAAGAAGACCUUGAGGCACUAGACCAGGACGAGCCAAAGUGGCGCCGAUUUAGAAUUGCUCUACUAAUAGUCUUUGGCGUAGUAUGGCUUGCGCUGGUCAUUGCGGUCAUAUUGAUAGUAGUUUUGUCCACGAAGUGUCCGCCCCGUCCUGAGUUAGCAUUUUGGCAAUCUGGUGUUGCCUAUUAUGUUGACCUAUUUGCCUUCAAGGAUUCUGGAGGAGAUGGUGUUGGAGACAUUGGAGGUCUUCUGGAAGCUAUACCGUAUAUCAAAGAAACCGUUGGUGCAAAGUUUAUCAUUCUAGCGCCCAUCGGUUUGGGUUACUUCACUAAUAGCAAGUCUUUGCUGGGGCUUGUGAAUGAUCAUACACAAAUUGACCCAGCGCUUGGAACAGUAUCUGAUUUUCGACAGCUUCUUAAGAGGCUGCACAAAACUGGAAUGCAUUUGGUCAUCUCCUUGGAUUUCAAUGGCAUUGCUGAUAACCACGUCUGGAUGAAAGAUGUUUCUUUCCUGAAACUCUUCGACAGCCAGAAAGGAUGGUCUUCCAGAUACGACGUGCAGCCAAGCAUAACAAAUAAUCGCCAAGAAUAUUAUUCAGUGGACAAUAAACUUAUUGACCUUGACCUAACUAACGAAGCUGUUGUGCAAGAAAUUUUACGGGUGGUCCAGUACUGGUUGGAUGAAGAUGUUGAUGGGAUAUUGUUGAAAAACUGUGCUUUCUACGUAGAGAACGACGAACCUAGUAGGACAUCAGUAAGUCUACAGCAAUAUCAUAUUAUUUUACUGUGUAUUCAUAGCAGUCGUCUGGAAAAUGGUCUACAAAUUAUCCAGCUCAACAAGUGUUUCAAGAUCAAAGCGUGGACGUCGUUAGACGAGUCAGAAAGCAUAUUGACGACUUUAGCGCAGCGCGCGGAAAGAAGUAACCCAGGCGACACGGGUUACGGACUUCCACUGAAGAAAGCUCCAGGCCUAAUGUUUCUAGGUUCAGCAAGCGAACCCGCUGCACACCUAGUAAUGCAUCCGGAAUUCACUGAGAAACGUGGAUGGUAUGGACUAAUUUUAAAAGUAUAUGUAUUUCGUUGUAGGAAGUUUCCCUCGAGUUCACCUACAACUGAGUUUUCUGUGAGUGCAUAUAAUGGAAGUGCGGGGACUGAUAAAGAGUCGUUGGCAUUGUUUACUGCUUCUGAUGUGUACCGAAGACAUUCAGCGCUGUUACCCACAGUAGCCUCGAUCCUAUUUCCUGGUACACCGGUGAUCUACUACGGUUCGGAACUGGGUGUGGAAUGGUAUAAAUCAAACGACCCACCGAAAAAUCUCUACCCUGCUGGGAAACUACCUACCGUGUACGAUGAUGGCAUAUCAAACGUGCUUAGUUGUCAUUUGCCGAUGCCUUGGGAUCGAGCUGGCAAAGAUUUUUCGGCUAACAGUAAUGUUUCGCAGUAUUUCGGUCCGUACCUUGAUCAAUUUCAGAUAAGUGAUACGGUUGAGGCACAUACCAACAGGAUUGAAAUUGUACAACGAAAAGCAGAAGGAUUUCAGCCAGUCUUUGGAGUAUUUUACAAUCCCGCGUUGGACCCAACUGAAACUAGGACAGGCAUAGUGAUCGAUUUUUCCUGGGUGUGUGAAAAAGUAUGGCUUCACAUAGCGUACCCAAACGAUGAGCUAGAGGAGGAUAAGCAACUUGAGUCGCUGAGCGCGUACAUCAAACUGGGAAAUGAACCAGCAUUCUACUUGUUUCAGUGUAAAUGA